AUGAAUUUUGAUAAUUUUGUUAAUAUUUUAUAUGGAAAAGAUGUAUUCGAUGAUGAGAAUUCCAAGUACAUCAGAGAUACCAUUUUCCCAUAUUUAUUACCUUUAGUUAGAUUAGUAAAUAAUCAAAAAGAGAAACAUAAAUACUUCAAUAUAUUUUAUGAUAAUAAUGAAAAGGAACUAUUAACCAAUUUACACGGUGAAAGGGGUGACACCGACGUAGAACAAACAGACAUUUUUACCACUGAUAAGUUAAAAGUAGGUUCUACAGAACUGCUUGAAAUCCAGCAAGAAGUUUUGAAGAAAUAUGUAAAUGUCAACCCAAUCUUAUUACUAAGUGAAUACAUUGUAGAAGAAUACAGAAACAAAAAUAAAAACAAUAAAAUAACAGAAAAUAACGUUUAUUAA